AUGGUGGUUGAAGAUGAAGUUCAACGUAUAGAUAGGGUACACACGUGCGUCUCUUGCCUGCAAAGCACACCAAGACAUCACGGGACAGCCUCGCCAUCGCCUUGUCAGCGCCUGCCACCUUACGCCUGCGAGCAAGUGACUUGCCAGCAAGAUACCAGGCCGAAGAUUCUUGUUGAGAGACCAUCUGCUCGGCUAAAAAACAUAAACACGAGGCUACGAAAAGCCAGAUACCAUUCAGCAGUAGUUUUGCCAUGUCAACUUGUAAGGCACUCUGUUCAACAAAUGCAGACACCUAACGGUUUAAGGUUUUCUUCACUUGCCAUUUACGCAGCUGUUUCUAGGACUCAAUUACAGCGCCAAAAUCACCCAGUGUAUGGUGAUAUGGUUAUUUUAGAGUAUGUUAUUAAAGAUGGUAAUACACGUAGACUACGAAGGGCAUUCGCUUAUGUAACGGAAGUUCAGCAACAGAGUGCACAGAAAUUCAUAAGAUCUCACGAAACUUUGUGUAAAUCUGUUUCUCAACCUGAUGUUAUUAUGACGUACUCAGUACAGACAAGGCUAAUAGAUGAACACACAGUAGAAUUUGAUCAACUUGGUAAAAUGAGAAGUAUCCUUUAUAUAAGAUCGCAUUUACGCUUAAUUCAAGCUAUUCAAUACGUUCCUCAUUCACCACUACGAGAUUCGGUAUUAGAUGUUAAUAUUGAUGGAUUUCAAAUGAAGUCUGUAACAAACGAUGAAGUAAUGCAGUACAAGCUUAUCACCAAAGAUAAACUUAAUGAGAAACAGCUCGAAGCUAUCAUCAAAUUUACGAACGCAUCUGUUAAUUUUGAACCGAAAAUUGGUCUUCUUGUUGGACCGCCAGGUACUGGAAAAUCAAAAGUGAUUGCAAACUUAGUCAUGGAAAUGUUAUAUGGAAAUGGCAGAUAUGUAAACGGACAGAAUAUGAGAAUUUUAGUUUGUGCACCAUCUAAUGCAGCAAUUGAUGAAAUUGUUUUGAGACUCCUUGAUAUUCGAGCAGCUAUCAAAGAGCAUAGAUUUAAAAUGGUUCGAAUCGGACGAAUAGAAUCAAUGCAUGAAGAUGUAAAAAAAAUUUCAUUGGUAGAACUCGCAAGAAACAAUGCUCAAAAACAGUUGUCUGAGCAGAAGUACAAAAAUACGGAAAACAUUGAAGCUAAGAAGCACCAAUUAAAAAAAGAUAUCGAUGCACUUCAAUUAUUGGUAGCAAAUAAUCCUCUCAAUAAAACGUACAAAAAAGACCUUGAAAUUUACAGAGCUAAAUUUUUUAAAUUAGCUCACAGGAGUCCUGAAGAUACUAUGGAAGUAGCAAAACUACAAAAUAAUGCAAAAAACGUCAUUUUAGCUAAGGCUGAUGUUAUUACUUGCACACUGACAUCAUGCUAUACUAAACAAAUGGAAAGUAUUUUCGGAGGUGAUCGCGACAGAAUAGCUACAUGCAUUGUAGAUGAAGCAACGCAAUGCUGUGAAGCUGAAACUUUAAUUCCAUUAAUGCUAGGAGUCAAGAGCUUAAUUUUAGUCGGCGAUCCAAAUCAAUUACCAGCCACUGUGAUGUCAACAGAUGCAAAAAAAUUAGGUCUCGACCGAUCUUUAUUCACAAGAGCAAAAGAAGCUCUAGAACCUCAACGUGACAAUACGAGAGAUGAUUGUCGAGAUCCUGUAAUUACCUUAAAUAUUCAAUACCGAAUGGUUAACGCUAUUUCUUAUUGGCCAAAUAGGUAUUUUUAUGGUGGAAAGUUGAUUGACUCUGUCAAUUACAAGCAAAAUUUUCCAUUUCAACCUUACAGAGUGUUAAAUCUUGAUGGAUAUCAAGAUGAAACUAAAUUUUCUAACUUAAGUGAAGCUACAUUUGUUGGUAACUUACUUUAUUGUUUAAUGACUUGUUUGAAGUUGAAAAGUGGAUACGAGAGAAAAAUUACAAUAGGUGUGAUUACACCGUACCAAAAUCAAAAGUCUCUUAUUUUAAGCACAAUAAGAGAGCAGGUUAGAAAUGUUCCUGAAAAUAUGAGGAAUAAAUUCAUAACAGAAGUGAAUACAAUUGACAGUUUUCAAGGUCAGGAAAGAGAUGUUAUUAUCAUGUCAUGUGUACGAAGCAGUGGAAUAGGUUUUUUAUCUGAUCAACAACGUCUUUGCGUAGCAUUAACAAGAGCAAAGUUCACUCUUAUAUUAUGUGGAAACUUUUCAACAUUUGAGAAAGAUAACAUGUGGAAGGAUUUGAUAAAAGAUGCACGGUCGCGAGGUGUCGUAGCUAAUUUAAAUACAACAGCUAGACCAAAUGAAAUAAGACCUCAUGUUAUUAAGUAAUAUACUAAGCAACAACAUACCGGAACUCUAAGGGCUGGCAUCAUAACUUUUAUACUUUUUACAAAUAAUGUAUUAAAUUAUUACAUAGUGGUGAGUUUUAUAUAUUUUGUAAACUGAAUACGUGAAAGUCGAAAGUAUGUAUUUUUUCUGUAAGUAAAUAUAAAAACAAGAAUUUUUGUAUGCUGUUAGCAUCAUGUAUAACUA